UUGCGCAUUAACCGCCUUGACUGUAGUAAAACGAGCUGAAGCUAGACAGGACUUUAUGGGAUGGGAACAGACGAGGGUGUCUCAGUCUUUCCAGCUCCUGACAGUUUAUUGCCGUGGAUCAGACACUCAGAGGGCUCUGGAGCUCAUGUGGACCCGCAGACACCCUGACACACCGGGACACGGGAGCGCUACAGGCUCUGGAAAAUGGGAGCGGUGAAGUGAAAACAGCAGAAGUGUGGACUGUUGGGAUGAAAGGCACCAAAAAGAGGGCAGAAGGUUCGUCUGCAUACCGGUUUGCCACGUACAUUUGAUGUGCAGAGGGAAGACUUCCAGGAGACCUCAGAUUUGUUGGAGGUUGAAGCAUUCUAGGCGGCAAGAACAGGAAGAGAACCUGAUUCAUGUGUAAGAAUUAUGACAAGUAAAAUGCACGUUGUCUGACAUUUUUCCAAAGUAUAAAUGAUUCAUUUUUGUCAAGGUAGGACAUGUUUACUGAUUGCAUUCCAAGAUGGACUGUUUAGUUUCUAACGAGUUAAACCAGAAAUCAUAGUCCUGUUAGGUUUUGUUCAUUUAAUAGAAGAUUUGUGUACUUAGCUUAGUCUGACAGGAUGAAACACAUCCAUUCCUGUUUGGUCAAAACCUGUAGUUGAGAACAACACACUCAGAUGUGUUGAGGGACCUUGGAUGCAAACUAAUCUUUCUAAACUGGUCUUUUCAGAGGUCCAUUUGGUGUUGUCAUUACUGAAGUCUUAAAGAAUUUGUUACAAACUGCAUUUUUUAUGUGUAAAAAAUCAGGCAUUAACUACCACUUCACUUUUUUUGGCCAUUUUCCCUCUAUCAAGGAGGUUAUGAUAUUGCUUACAUCUGUCAGAUUACAUAUAAACUACUUCACUGGUUUCUAUCAAACUAAGUGGACCAGUGGGAUAUGGGCCAAUAAGGAGCCAAUUAAGUUCUGGAACAGAUUCAGAAAAAGCGUAUGAUCCCGUAAUGAAAAACAUGGUGAGACUGGGCCUAGGUAGAAGUAUGCACCUACAGAAUGUCCUGUUUGUUUUUAAUUGCUUCAUCUAUAAAAUAUGACAAAAUUAUUAAAGCUGGAAAAACAGAGUAUCCAUAAUUUAAAAGUGGAGUCUCUCUGAUUCAUUGUCACAAAUGACUAAGAAGCAACUCCUUCAACAGGAGAAAGUUUGCCCUUUUUGCUGAAAUAUAAAAAUGUGUUAACCAUAAAAAUAAAUUACAUUACAUACAUUGUCUGUUUUUUUUAGCUAUUCAAGGGACAAACUGGUGUAAAAGCACUCAACUAACUACAGGAGUAAAUGUACCUACUUUCUACCACUGGCAUUGACAUUUUUAUUGCAAUGGCAUUUUUAUUGAAAGAAAAUACAUCAGUACUACGCAUUACAUCCAUCAAUAAAAUCAUUCAUGAACUCUCAGCAGGUUGUAAAAGUUCAGGGUUUGCAACAAAUGAAACACUGCUUAAAGGUGAUCAACUUUGUCUGAGUAGACUUUAAGCCAUCGUAACCGGCCCACAUUGACCCACUAGUAGAAUGCAGCUAUGUAACCUCAUCCUCUUACGUAACUCUUAAACCUUAACCCGUAUAACACCUGAUAACACAAGCCAGAGUCGCUGAGUGCAUCUCUACUGUAAUGAGACUGUCAGAGUAAAUUAUUUGCUUUUUUUUUGCAAGAACAUACUGACAUAGAUUUCUUAGAAAGUGUAAAUGUACUUAUUAAAGUACUUUGUCACGUACUUUUACACAACCAUACUCAUUCGUUUUGUUUUGUUGGGUACAUCAUGUGAAUUACAGCCUCAGUAAUCCUCUCCUAAUUAGUUUGUGGGCUAGGAAUAAUGGCAUUUGAAAAAAAAAAAACAAAAACAAAAAAAACAACACAGAAAUGCAAUCCAUGUAGUUUUGUUGCUGCUAAACCCACGUCAUGUUUUGACAAAUUAACCAAAACUCUAACUGCAUCACUUGUAAGUUUACUUCUGCUUAAUGCAUAACAACUUGACCGCCCUUUGACAUGUUUUCUGCUGUGUCAUUUCUGAGUGACUUGACAUAACUGUUCACUUCAGCUCUUACACAACAGUUAACCUCUGGCCAAAUUUAAUACUACUUUAAGUGUUUGUCUAUGUUUAAGUACACAUUGGCUAUUUGAACAUUGUGAAGUGUGCACAGUUUUCACUUGCUCGAUACAGACACACAAUAGAGGGACGUAGCAAUAUUUGGAAACAACAAGGAAUAACGGGCAUUUCUUCUGACAUAAUGGCACUCCUGUUAUGGCUUGGCCUGUCACUGCUGGUCUCAGUCCAGUCCAGCGCCGUCAACAACUGCCACCCCGGUUGCCGCUGUGAGGUGGAAAGCUUCGGCCUGUUUGACAGCUUCAGCCUGACCAGAGUGGACUGCCGAGGGCUGGGUCCCGGUUCCACCAUGCCUAUCCCAAUCCCACUGGACACCACCCAUCUGGACCUGUCCUCCAACACCCUGGGUCCACUUAGUGACACCAUGUUAGCUGGUCCAGGAUACACCACUCUCGUCAGCUUGGACCUCAGCAGCAACCACAUCACAAAGGUAAGCCCAAAUGCCCUGUCCAAGCUGCGUUACCUGGAGACUCUGGAUCUGAGCCACAACGACCUGGAGAUCCUCUCCAUAGACUGCUUCUCUGGCCUCCCUCUGGCUGAAGUUGACCUCAGCCACAACAAUUUUCAGGAGUUUGACACAAAUGUGUUUGCUGCCAAAGUCAAUGGUGAACCAGUCAGUGUGGAUCUGUCUCAUAACCAGCUCACAUCAGUCUUUACGACUCCACAUGGAAAGGUUUUACACAUUCAAAGCUUAAAUCUGACAGCAAACCAGUUGUCAAGUGUGCCACGGCUGGCUGGACUUCCACUGAGGUACCUCAACCUGGAUGGUAACCCCAUCACCCGUAUCAAGGAGGGAGCCUUUGCUCAGUUGGAAGACCUGGUCUAUUUAUCUAUCAGUGGCCUCAAGGAGCUCCAGGAAAUCGAGCCAUAUGCCUUCAAGGGCCUGCAGAGCCUCCAGGUUCUGGAUCUUUCCAACAAUCCCAAGCUGACAACGUUGAACCCUACAGUUUAUAGUGGUCUGGAUUCCCUGCAAGAGCUAAAUUUGUCCAACUCUGGGGUGGUGUCAUUGCCAAAUGAUAUGCUGACCCACCUGCCCAGUAUUAAAAGCAUCACACUAGGACAGAACAUCCGCUGCAGGAGGACACAGAAGCAGGGACAGUUCCACUGGCAACUGGGCCAAGUCCAACACAACGAGGAAUUGAACUGUAACGCUGACGGCAUUGUGUUGUGAGACUGUACACAUUGGAAUGGACCACUCCCUGCGAUGUUGAUGCCAGAGCUGUGCCUUAUCUUCUUUGAUAUGCAAAAUACCUGUUUCAUGUUCUCGCUCAGUUACAACUGUUCCAGUGUCUCAUAGGUUUAAAUCCACCGUCAUGAAAUCUUUAUGCAAAUACCAUAAAUGCUGUAUCAUUAUCUUCCUUUCCUUUGAUUUUCUUUCAUUUCAUUUACAGUACAUCUUAACCCAUUAUUUAACUGGGUAAGAAAUAAAUCUUUCAUAAAGACAAGACAUUAACUAACUAUAUUACAUAUUUAAUGUACAGUGGGACCAUAUUAAGUGUUAUUUGCACUUAUUCUCUCAGUCACAUAAAUGUUUUUGGGUUUUUUUUACAAUGCACUUACACCAUGCCAAACUGUUAUUCAGUGUAAUAUCAAAUGCUAUGCAUUACUUAUAUCUACUGAAGAACAUCUUAACACUUGUGACCACUAAGGCGCUCCUGUUUUAACUUUGAAUGUGAUGUUCAUUGAUUAUGACUGAUAUAAAUAAUCAGCUUUGUCAGUCAAAGGUCAUAUUUCAAUUUCACACAUUGUUUGCAGGAGACUGAAGGCACUCAAUAAACAAAACUGAGGGUAAACAUGUUAGUUGUCGUUAAUCCUUCAUAAUGACUUCAUUAGUUGAAUUUGAUUCUGUUUAUACAUGCUCUCUAUUUUUAGGCAAUUGUUUUGUUUUAAUCAUACUAAGUUUACUGUACAACCCUUAUAUAGGUUGACAUGGUGCUCGGUCAUCGGUUCUCUUUGACCUGCUGUCAGGUCCGUGUCCAGUUGAAUUAAACUGCUGUUGAAAAUGUGUUUGACCAGUGAAGUCUAACAGUUUCCACAUAUUUUGUUAUGGAGUUAUACGAUCCGCUAUUGAUGUUCAAACACCCUCGUGCUCAGUGCUGUAUAAUGUGUAACCUUACCUUGGCAUUCCUGUGGUAUUUCUGUGAUGCUUAGACGAUGACCAGCCUCAAGACUGCAUGUUAUGGAUUCGGAAUGUCAGAAAUCUGUAAAGGCCUGGAAACACAUUGUUUUCAGUUGGUUUAUUGAAAGUCAAACGGUUACAGUUGAAGUGUAAAGGUUUAUAUUUGUAUGUAUGUAUAUUGUAUAUAAUAAUUAUAUGUGAGUUGUAUGUAUAAUAAAUUCUGUAUUCUCUCA